AGAGAUGACGUUGAUACUACUGGCUGCCCUGUCGAACAUCUACACCGGGAUGUUCAACUACGUGAAGGCCAAAUUCCCGUUCGUGAUCGAGGCCGCCAUGGUGACCCUGUGCUUUGGCUCCAUCGUGGGUCGAUUCUGCAUAAUGGUUUAGAAGAAAACUGAGGAGACUCGAGACUGUGCGAAUCGAAGGAACUUUAUGUAUAUUUAUAUGGAUGUGUCUUGUGGCCUUAUGUGAAUACAACUAAAAACUU